AGUGCCCGCCUGCCUGCCUGCCAGCCUGCCUGGCUGGGAGGGGACGAAGUUGCGGAGCGGAGGGGUUUUCGCGCAGAGAGGAGCAACCAGCGAACAGGAGUAACUCUCACCCUCCACCCCCCCAAUAAAUUAUCAGUGACGCUGUUUAAUAUGUCCACGAGUUGAACAUUAUUUAUAGGCGCCUUACUACGCUCCAUUGUCCACCGAGUAGCGGCCCGGAGGACACGUCCGCUCUCACUGGCUCGCUUCGGCGACGAACCGAGCACGCCGUCGCUGCUGCUGUUAUUGUGAGAAGGGAAAACAAGCUAGUCCGCUAAAGCUUGUGUGAUCAUUGACAGAGUUCAAUACACACAAGCGGAGAGUGAUAACCGGUGGAGGGAGCCUUUUUUUGUUCAGCGCUGCUUGUGGAACUCUUCGAGAAGUGGGAAUAUUUCACAACGGAGGCCUUCUGGGCAAGUGUUCUGUCUGAGACGCUGUCACUCUUUGGAGCAGUUAGUUUGAACAGUUUGCACCAGCUGGUCUGCCGCCCCCCCUCCCAACCCAGACAGUCUUCUGCCCCAGCAUGAAUGAAGUCAGCGUUGUGAGAGAGGGAUGGCUCCACAAGAGAGGUGAGUACAUUAAAACCUGGAGGCCUCGUUAUUUCAUCUUAAAGAGUGACGGUUCCUUCAUCGGCUACAAAGAGAAGCCUGAAGUGUCCAGUGAUCACAGCUUACCACCUCUCAACAACUUCUCCGUUGCAGAAUGCCAGCUGAUGAAAACGGAGAGGCCCCGGCCCAACACAUUUGUUAUCCGCUGCCUGCAGUGGACCUCAGUCAUUGAGCGGACCUUCCAUGUGGACAGCAACGAGGAGAGGGAAGAAUGGAUGCGAUCGAUCCAGGCGGUGGCAAACAGCCUAAAAAGUCAGCAGCAGGACGAGGAGCCCAUGGAGAUCAAAUUUGGCUCGCCGAGCGACAGCAGCGGCACGGAGGAGAUGGAGAUCGCCGUGUCUAAAUCCCGCCCAAAAGUGCAGAACAUGAGUGACUUCGACUACUUGAAGCUACUGGGCAAGGGGACGUUCGGCAAAGUGAUCCUGGUGAAGGAGAAGGCCACGGGCAUGUACUAUGCCAUGAAAAUCCUGCGCAAAGAAGUCAUCAUUGCUAAAGAUGAGGUAGCCCACACGGUGACAGAGAGCAGAGUCCUCCAAAAUACGCGGCAUCCCUUUCUAACAACACUAAAAUACGCUUUUCAAACAAACGACCGCCUCUGCUUCGUGAUGGAGUAUGCAAAUGGAGGAGAACUCUUCUUUCACUUAUCCCGGGACCGAGUCUUCACAGAAGACAGAGCCCGAUUUUAUGGUGCAGAAAUAGUAUCAGCACUGGAAUACCUACACUCGUGCAAUGUCGUUUACAGGGAUUUAAAGCUGGAGAAUCUCAUGUUGGACAAGGACGGCCACAUAAAGAUAACGGACUUUGGCCUGUGCAAAGAGGGCAUCACCGAUGGUGCCACCAUGAAAACCUUCUGUGGGACUCCUGAGUACCUGGCACCUGAGGUCCUAGAGGACAAUGACUACGGUCGCGCCGUAGACUGGUGGGGCCUGGGCGUGGUCAUGUACGAGAUGAUGUGUGGCCGGUUGCCGUUCUACAACCAGGACCACGAGCGACUCUUUGAACUCAUACUCAUGGAGGAGAUCCGCUUCCCCAAAAACUUGGCCCCUGAAGCCAAGGCGCUGCUGGCUGGCCUGCUUAAGAAGGACCCCAAGCAGAGGCUCGGCGGCGGACCCGACGAUGCCAAAGACGUGAUGACCCAUAAGUUCUUCACCUCAAUCAACUGGCAGGAUGUGUUGGAGAAGAAGCUCAUCCCACCUUUUAAGCCCCAGGUCACCUCGGAGACCGAUACGAGAUACUUCGACGACGAAUUCACAGCACAAACCAUUACAAUAACCCCACCCGACAAGUAUGACAGUUUAGACCCAGAGGACUCAGAUCAGCGUCCACACUUCCCUCAGUUCUCCUACUCUGCCAGCAUACGGGAAUAGUGGCUCUCAGACUUUUGACCAAGCAGGGGAGCAGGCAGGCUAACACACGACCCAAAUCUCAUAUAUGCACUUGCACUGCUGAGGACAAAUCGAAUGAGACACACACACACACACACACAAACACACACACACACAAAAACUGGCACAAGACAUAUUUUCAUACCAUCUUUCUCCCCCACUCACUCAAAAAGCAUCCAGACACGUUCUCACACACACACCAGCAGAGAAUCAUGUACACAAUGAGCGUGCAGGCUGUGAGUUUGCGAGCGACGGAUCUCAGAAGGGGGUUGUUUUUUUUUUUUUUUUUGCACGGGCAGACGCGCAGCUUCAUCUCUGUACAUCCUCUCAGGGGGAACCUCCCGCUGCAAUCACGCCGGGCACACUUUCGAGCCAGGUUACGCCAGCAAUACCAGCCCAUUACCAGCCGUAGACACGACCCCGCCGCGUAGACUCCCACCUCGCAGAAGACGCCUUUCUUAGUGCGAUUUUUAAAAUUGAAAAUUAGGAGAAUGGAAGAGACAUUCGGUAAUGAUUGACCAAUUUAGCUUCGUCGUUUGUUACGGUUUUAAAUAUAAAGCCAUAUUUCUGCUUUUUAAUUAUUUUUUUUUUUUAAACAAGUGCUCUUUCUGGAACUUGAUGUUACAAAUCAGUUGUGUGUCUUGUGUGCACGAGAGAGAGAAAGUGGGGGGAGGGCGAGUUUUGCCAUUUUCCGCGCGUGCACUGCGAGCGUUCACGUCCGAAUGAAUGUGCGCGAGAACCUACGAACAAUUGUUAUUUUGCAACCAUCCAUUUUGUGUCUGUUUUUCCACGGACGCCGGGACACGAGCAAGCAAGGACACUACACAGUGAUGGACUUAUAAAGGGAACAAGCGUGUUAUUUAUAUUUAAAAACAAAAAGUAGCUUCUCUUGCAUGGCUUUUUAAAUUACAUUUCGUUUUGUAUAAUUUUUUUUUUUUUUUUUUUAAAGGUGAGACACUCAUUGGGGUUCGGUGUAGGUUCGUGUCACAAACACAGUAAUGUGGACUAGUUAAAGGCCACCUGCCCGAUAUUAGAGAGAACCCGACCUCAGCCAUUCAACCACCGUCAGUCAGUCAUCUUCACUACCAGGCUUCAUUCAGAUUUAGCCACUUCUCUCCAUAAUUUCAGUGCAAGUUUGUUUUUGUGUUUUUGGGUUUUCAAAACGAGCCUUUUGAAUGUUCUUGUGAUUUUUUUUUUUUUUUUUUUUUUAAAUAGAAAGUGUUAAAUCUUUAUCAUGUGCCCCCUCAAAAGAAAAAGACUUGCGUGACUUGGUAGAAAUUUAACACUUCAAAUGAUUCCGCGUUGAAUGUUGGUUUUUGUGAUUUCUGGCACCUAAAUGUACAGUCCUUAAAAGUAUUGGAAUGUUGUAUACUGAAGAUAUUUGGGUUUCAAUAUUAAAUCUUAAUCCCUUUAAGUUAAUUUAAUAUUGCCUGUGUAUCGCUGAGUUGUAGAUGUAAAUGCCACGAAAUGAAAGCUGGAACGCGGAACUCUCCUCACAUUCAUCUUUUGGUGUGAAGCCCAAAUGUCUUGAUUAUAGAACAAAAACAAAGGAAUGGACCUCUCCGAUGGCGAUCUUAAGCUCCGCCCCCUUAGCCAUGUCCCACAGGCUUCGAAAAUGGCGAUUGAACAGAACAUGUUUGAAGUCGAUUCUCUAUCGUGUAUUCCAGAUAAUAUUAUAUCUCUUGCAUGACAUCACGCAUUUAUGUAUCACUAACCCGACUCUUCGAUAUAAAACAUGACACACUUCAUUCAGCAGGUCAGCGAUACGCUAACAAAGUGAAACUUCUCCUGCAAUGUAUAAAGCGCUGAUAAUAAUUCAAUCCAACUCAGAGAAGAUACUUCUCCCUCACUUACCUUCGAAGACACAGCCUUGUGUUUGUUGUAAUUGUUCACAUUUAGGUUUACGUGCACUCUUCCGCGAGCCUUAAUCCAUCGUAGCCACUUCGUCAACUGUGUUUCAGGCUUUGGAAAAUGAAUCAAGCGACCCUUGUAACUUUCAUCAGAAUUGCACGUUCCCCAAGCGCAUCUGAGGACCAUUUCCUUCGUAACAUGAACUUUUCCAAGCGCACGCUACUGACAACCAGCAUUGCCUGUGGGACAAUACGGCGUUAGGGGCGUGUCAAGCCGGGGUGUUAAGACAAUGCGGGUAUCUGAUUGGCUAUCAUUGUACGAGUGAUUGACAGGUCGGAAAGGUCCAUUGACCUUGCUUUUCCAUUGCUUUUGGUGGGGACUGCACAUCUGCCUGGAGCACGCCGGUUCAAAUCACCGAAACGCCGCACAAGCUGCUCAAGUAAACACAGGGCCGCACUAAUCAAUAACUCCUUUUCCACCAGUAUUUUUUUCCACGCGUCUCCAUCGCUUUUCUGUAUGAACAGCACCGGCGUGGAACGUGGGAGGAGGAUAAGUCCACCCUGCAAUUUUCCGUCUUCGGGCGAAUUAUCAGAGCCAUAACAGAGGCCUGACGCUGCAUGUGUAAUUUUUUUGUUGUUGUUGUCGAAGGAUAAUCUGCAGUUAUAGUAAAAACAGUGAUUACUGUCUGACAACUUUUUAAAUGACAUCAGACGUUGGCGCUGCCGCAGGUUCUAAUCCGCUUUGCUGGGUUCUGCGUGAAGAUACACGCAGACAAACGCCGGAUCUUUUGUCGGGCUUCUAAUGCGGCAAAAUAGCUGGAGCUCCGUGUUGAAUAGUCGAAUUUCAGUUGAUGUAUAGUUGGGUCAAAUCAAGUUCUGGCCAGAUUUUUAUGAAAUUGUGCUCAUAUUCAUGAUUGUCGGAGAACUUGCUGGCUAGGAUUUGAGCUUUGCGGAAGAAAAAUAAAGUCGUUAUUUUUUUGGUGUUUUGUUCCACCCGACCCCCUCUUUUUUUUGUUUUUGUUUUUGUCCGUAUAUUUCUAAAGAAAAAUUGGAAAAUGUCAUGUCUAAGUAUAUAUUCUAUAAAAUAUAUAUUAAAAUGUUUUUGAACUGCUUUACAUCUAUAUAUAUAUAUAUUUUUUCCAUUUAAUAAGUUUUUGUACAAGGUCACAUCUCAUCUCAUGUGAAUUUU